AUGCUUCGCCGUCGUCUGGCCAAGGACGGCGCGUCCGACUCUCCGUCCGAUGUCCGCGACGUUCCCGAGUCGCAACCAAAGUCGCAGUCGCCGCCCUCCAAGCCUAAGAAGGAGUCGUUUGUCACGAAACCUCGGAGUAAACGGCGCAAUGGACUUAUUUUCGUCUUGGGUGGUUUGUUUGGUGUUCUCGUGGCGGUUCUCUUCGCCAAUCAGCAGGAUGUGAUCAGUUUGGAUAGCUUGAUGGACCUGAACCUCGAGUCGUUGAUGGAUGUCAUGCCCCAGGGGUUGUUGACGGAUGUGCGGGAGUUCACGCAACAUGAACGCGACACGGUCAACUAUGACUCGUUCUCCGUCGGCCUUCACCUCCAAUCUGAGGGCGUCCAUGCCAAACACCCCAUUGUGAUGAUCCCCGGAGUUAUUUCUACCGGUCUCGAGAGCUGGGGAACCGACGCAAACUCCCGCCAGUACUUCCGUCGCAGGCUCUGGGGCAGUUGGAGCAUGAUGCGCGCGUUGGUCCUUGACAAGGCCGAGUGGAAGAACCACAUCAUGCUGGACAAGGAGACCGGCCUGGAUCCCCCUGGCAUCAAACUCCGCGCGGCGCAGGGCUUCGACGCCACUGAUUUCUUCAUCACGGGCUACUGGAUCUGGAAUAAGAUCCUUGAGAACCUCGCGACCAUCGGUUACGACCCGACCAAUGCCUUCACCGCCGCUUACGACUGGCGUCUUUCGUACCCCAACCUGGAGAUCCGCGACCAGUACUUCAGCCGGCUGAAGUCCUACAUCGAAACGGCCGUCCAGGUCGGCGGUGAGAAAGUCACCCUCGCGUCGCACAGUAUGGGUUCUCAGGUGGUCAUGUACUUCCUCAAAUGGGUUGAGCACCCUGACCACGGUGCCGGCGGCAGCGACUGGGUCAACAACCACAUCGCUAGCUGGAUCAACAUCAGUGGAUGCAUGCUCGGCGCUGUCAAGGGUCUUACCGCUGUCUUGUCUGGUGAGAUGCGUGACACUGCUCAGCUCAACGCCUUCGCUGUGUACGGUCUCGAAAAGUUCCUCUCCAAGGAAGAACGCGCGGAGAUCUUCCGCGCCAUGCCCGGCAUCAGCAGCAUGCUUCCCAAGGGCGGCGAAGCCGUCUGGGGUAACGCGACUUGGGCGCCUGAUAACCUGCCCGACCAGCACCAGUCCUACGGCACGCUCCUCAACUUCCGCGAGAGCAACUCGACCCGCACCAGCAAGAACCUCACCGUCACCGAAAGUCUCUCCUACCUCCUGGAUGAGGCCGAACCCUGGUACCGCGACCAAGUGCUGGGCAGCUACUCGCACGGUGUUGCCCACACCGCAAAAGAAGUCGAAGAGAACGAAAACAACCCUCGCACAUGGCUCAACCCGCUCGAAGCCCGACUCCCGCUGGCACCGGACCUCAAGAUCUACUGCUUUUAUGGCGUCGGCAAACCCACCGAACGGAGUUACUUCUACCAAGAAGAACGCGACCCCCUGGUGAGCCUAAACAUCAGCAUCGACACCACCGUGACCAACGGCGACGGCAUUGACCACGGCGUCUAUAUGGGCGAAGGCGACGGGACCGUUAACCUUCUCAGCACUGGCUACAUGUGCGCCAAGGGCUGGCGUAUGAAGCGGUAUAAUCCUGCUGGCGUGAAGAUCAAGGUCUUUGAAAUGCCUCAUGAACCGGAUAGGUUCUCACCUCGUGGUGGUCCAAACACAGGCGACCACGUCGACAUCCUCGGCCGCGCCUCCCUCAACGACCUCAUCCUCCGCGUCGCAGGUGGCGAAGGCGACCAAAUUGAAGAGACCUUUGUCUCUCGAAUCAAGGAGUACGCGGACCGAGUCCAAAUUUUUGAUGAUGAAUGA